AUGCGGAAACAUCAGUGGAGCAUCCGGCACCGGGAGGCGAAGGGACGGUUGGAGCAGCGUGAAGGCCCGCAGAAGAAGCAGGCAGCUAUCUCCAACUUUGGAGAUAAGAGUGCGGAAACGCGGCGGUUGAUAAAGCUGUUGUUGACUGUGCGUUUCCUAUGCAAAUCCGACACCCCCAUUGUCAUGUUCAUGACACUCGUGCAGUUUAUGGCGGAGAUGGGAACGCCAGACAUGCCGGCGAAGGACCAAGGGACUUAUUGUUCUACGGAGGCUCUGGCUGCUAAAGAUGCUGCUAAAGAGUUCCCCGAGUUUAACGUUGUCGACAAAGUCGUCCGGGCCUUCGCGGACAUUCUCGGCCGCAGCAUCGUGCAGCAUGCGCGAUUCAAGAAUCUGCAGGAAGUGAUUACAGAGACCAACCUGGAGAUGCAAGGGAUUAAAGACGUUCGCUGGCUUUCACGCGGGGACGCCAUCGAGCGCUUUGCUGACGUGCUGCCUGCUGCCGUUGUCCUGCUGCACGAGUACGACAAGGCAACGUACACUCUUGUUACCAGUCUGAAAUUUCAGUUCUUCCUUUUCUUUCUGGUUGACGUGCUUCAGGAGCUGAACAGCCUCAAUCUCAAGUUCCAGCGACGUCAGCUCGAUGCGACGCAGGUUCGGUCGAUGGUGCAACACACCACCCUGUGCUUGACAAGUCGCUACGUGGAGUACGGCUCCACCUUCGGCGACAACAGUGGUCGUCUAGCGACGAUUCUGAAGAACCACGGGAGCACCGAGAAUCGCGAGGUGAAGGUGGAAAGCAUUGACGGCGUCGGAACACCCGUAACUCACUCGUACGUGCUGCACGAGGACUUAAUCGGGAAGGAGAAGUUUGGGGGCGACCUGGCGUCGUGCAUGGAGGCGGCAUCCAAGUUCGCUAGGAGGACCGUGUUUUACAUCGACGAUCGCAUGAAGAGUCUAAAGUCGUUGGACGGGAGUCGUCUGUUUCGGCAGGGACGGUACCCUCGUUCGCGCGCUAAGAGAGCGCGCCGGUUUCCCGAAUGGCUUCAGUCGCUGCGCAACCUGUUCAAGAAGAAGCCCAGCCAUCCAGACACCCUCCCUGGUAAGCGCUUUGCUUUGGGGUGA